AUUUUUAAUUUCUGUUUUAUAUGUAGAUAAUAGAGUGGAUGAAAGUAAGGAAAAUUAACUUUUCCCUCAGAGAUUAUGCUGUACAUUUGGAUCUAAUUGGAAAAGUUAACGGUAUAGCUGCAGCGGAGAGCUAUUUUGAGGGCCUCUUGCCUGCUGCAAAGAAUCACCGUACUUAUGGAGUACUUCUUAACAGCUAUUGUGUGGAAAAAAUGGCUGAUAAGGCAGUGGGUCUCUUCGAAAAAAUGGAUGAAAUGAACAUGAUAUCCAAAGUGCUGCCUUUUAAUAAUCUUAUGUCUUUGUAUAUGAGAUCAGAGAAGCCAGAGGGAGUGCUUCUCUUGAGAGAAGAAAUGAAGAAAAGGGACAUCCAACCAGACACAUUUACUUAUACCAUAUUGAUGCACAGUUAUUCACGUUUAAAUGAUAUUGAGGGAGCAGAAAGAGUUUUUGAGGAGAUAAAACGGGAAAAUGCAAAGGUGUGUGAUUGGACAACGUAUAGUAACUUGGCAGUUCUUUAUGUCAAGGCUGGACUUCAUGAGAAAACUGAGUUGGCUCUAAAAAUGCUAGAGCAGGAGAUGGGGCCUAGAAAUUGUGAGGCAUACCAUUUUUUGAUAAGUUUAGAUGCAAAUCUCUGA